GAUGCUAGUUCGCGGACCCACGUCGUUACCUAUCUCGUCGUCGAAAGCUAUUUGUGGGGUCUCCUUCCGUGGAAAAGUGGCUUUGGGUGGGCCACCUUCUGCCUCCUCCUAUCUGUUCGUAGCUUACCUCCGUUCGUCCACCUGGUCUCCUCCUCCGCCGCCGUCCCUAACCGGACUCCGGCAUCGCCGCCCAGGCAGAGCAGCGAAGCCGCCCGAAGGAACCAGUCAUGGCUGUAUACCGGUGUUCUGGCUGCGGCGCGGAUCUCAACCUCAGCGCCGCCCACCUGUACCCGACGGACGCCCCGUUCGAGGCCGGCAACAAGGGCACGCUCUCCUUCUCCUGGGUCGACGACGCCCUGCUCCGCUUUGAUAAGGAGGACCGGAUCAAGCCCUUCUUCGAGACCCCCAACUACUGGGGCAUCCUGCGCCGGCGCACCCGCCUCCACUGCGACGCAUGCGGCCACCUCCUCGGCCACGUCUACGAGGACGGCCUGCCGGCGAUACACGGCCCCGGCCAGGACUUCCCGCGCCCCGCCAGGUACCGAUUCAAGAUCAAGGCCCUCAAUAUCUCUUCCUAUUGAAUUCCUCGAGACUUUUUUUCCCACGCACAAAAAUGGAAUUCCCAAAAUAAAAGCCUAUCGGGAAUCUGCUGAUUUGCGAUUAUGUUGAAGUAGGAUUCGAGUUUGUUCGAUCUGGUUCAUGAUUAUUUCGGAUUUGGGUGUGCAUAUAGUGAUCUUUAGGGUAGAAAUUGAUGGCGAUUUCUUCGUUUUUUCCUCUUAUUUCUGCGUCUGAGUUUUACUUUCCAUUUCGUGCUCGUUCAAACAGAGCCCCUAUCGUAUCAUGUACUCUUAACAUAUUAUGAUUGAUUCGUGUACUUUUGCAUGACAAUUGAUAAAUUUCUUCAGUUA